AUGCGCUGGAAAGGGGCAACGGACAUUCGGGUCCUACUUGGACAGCCAGAGCUACUCGUGCACUCGCGGAUGCGAUUGGUAAAGAGCCCGAUAUCGCCAGCAUGCAGGUUGACUCUCCAACUUGCACCCCACCUGCUCAUCAACUUGCAGUUCAACUUCCCCAAUGCGUCGCGACGUUCUCACAAGCCCACGGUCAUACCCUUCCUCUCUUCGGCCAUCCAGGACUGUGAGACCAACACGCCCCCCAGCCCGCCGUUGCCUUCUUCGUUCCUACGCGCACUGCCGAACGCUUUAGCCUUUACGUUGGAUCACGCUCUGUUCGCACCGGGCGCAUCAGGGAAUCUAGACCAGGCCACCGCCACAUACCCGCGAAAGCCGCGUCGGCGGUACCGGCAUGGCGCUCGCAGUGCGGCGGCUUGCCAACACAAAACCGUCCGCUCCAACGCGUGGGCGUGCACCAAAGAUGCAGCUAUUGCCCCCGCUUCGCCCCCUUCUUCUUACGAUCUUACUCAAUUACCAAAGCGAGCAACGCGUUCGCGUCUAUCCCACCUGCUCGCUGCUCUGACCUUCGAAGAGGGUGUGAACGCACUCUAA